AUGAUGUCUCCAAAUAUGCUCAAACGGCAAACGCCGGGAAUACCCAUUUCCCCCAUGGACCUGUAUCGCGCGAUCCGCAGCUUCGCAACACAGCCUGUUAGCCCAGUAAUUGCACAUGGAAACUUUAUCCCCGAGCCGCGUUUCGACUUCGACGUGCGGCAUGGAGUCCAUUUCUACGGCGGUUUUGCGGAUGAGGAGGCGCAGCAUCUCGCAUUGGGUGGCGAGCUCGACGAGGGGAAAUUGGAUGGCUUGGUUAUGGGAGAGGGGCGUGCCGAAGGGGGUGCGGGUAUUAGCGUAGGAGACGGAUUGUUGGAUGCAGUAGGUGGCGGCGCCGAGGGAGGAGGCAGCUUGCCGGAUGCGGUUUUCGUGGACGAAGGCUUGGGCGACGCCGAGGCCGGCGUGGAUGGGGCCUAG